UUUGUUAGGUAAAAAAAUAUUUGACAACAGUCAAUACGUACAGUUUUCAUAUUUGACCACGUUUCAUUGCCAUUGUCCCAUCAGACAGAGUAUGCUCGUAUGGAGGGUGGCAGGUAUCUGUACCGGAUCCACCGCUCGCCCAUGUGUGAGUACAUGAUCAACUUCAUCCAUAAGCUGAGACACCUGCCUGAGAAGUACAUGAUGAACAGCGUGCUAGAGAACUUCACCAUCUUACAGGUCGUGACAAACAGAGACACCCAGGAGACCCUUCUGUGCAUAGCUUUUGUUUUUGAAGUGUCUACAAGUGAGCAUGGGGCCCAGUACCACGUCUACAGGCUUGUAAAGGACUAACGCUCCCCUGCAGUGGGUCACUGGCCUACCGGACUGGAAUCUAGCUCCUCAUGAACUGCUUCCGGAUCAGUCAAACCAAACACAAAACACAAAGGGAUGCAGAGCUCAGACAAUGCUGACAUAGAGUGAAGCUGCCAAGAAAAAUAAAAGUGUGUAUAUUUUAUAGAACAGUGGGUAUUUUUCUAUGAAAAUCACUGCAGGUUUUGUAAAAUAGGAACUGUAUGAAAUUGAAGAAAAGCAACAAAAAAAAAGGCAAGCAAGCAAUGUUAUGCACUAUGUUGUGUAAGGGCAAUUUUUUAUAAACCUAUUUAAUUGUUUGACACUUGCGUAAAAGGUUGAAUUGGUCUCAUGCCUUCGAUGGAGAUAUGUUUUUAGGGAUGAUGCUUCUUACUUUUCAUCAUGGAAUCCCGAGAGUUGAGAUAGUGAAGUGAUUUUUUUUAAGAAGAGGGUAAUUUAUGUCUUUUGUUAUGAUGAAGAAGCUAGGAAGUAGAUGGACAAAAGGAAACUCUUAGAGAACAUUUGAAUGAAUUGUGAUCUCAUCAGAUGUUCAGUCUAGAGUUUGAACAUAGGUAGGAGGUGUGUUGACGUCAUCAGUUAUCCAUUUGUGAUCCAUCUGAGGUGUAAAGAGUGGAGUUUCCUGCCAAAAUGCUCCACUACCUCCUAACUUCAGACAGAGUAUACUUUGAAGAGGUCGAUACACUUUUUUUUAGCAAAACAGUGACCUUGAGUGAGUGAUGGAGAGAAACACAUUAUAUGUGUUUGAUAGGUACGUGUUACAGUAAGACAAGAUGCAGUGCUGAGAUUUGAUUGGUGUGUUGUUGUCAGCAUCACUGCAAGAGGGCAGCAGGUUGUCACUAAGUGACAAAAUGUCAGUUACAGUACAUAGGGUUAUUGUUAUCAUUUUUCUUUUUCUUUUUUAGCUUGACAUCUUUAACCAUUAAUGUUGCAAAUGCAAAUGUGUCAGGUGACUAUUUCUACCUCCUGGUGUUGUGUAUUUACUAUGCAUGGCUGCAAAGGCCGUAUCAUCAACACAGCUGUUUGUGUGCCAGGAGCCGUGACUGGAACCUGAAGCCUCAUGUGUUUUUCUACGAGGGAUAUUCUAUCAGCAUUGAUGCGAGCACUGUGAAUCUCUAACCAGGGUUCGUGAAAUAUACCAAAAUGACAAGCCACUGUCCUUGGAAACAUUCAGUAUUUUUUUAUCAGAUUGGGUGUCUAAGACAUAAUUGUUAAAGUACAUGAACAAAUUGUUUGAGAUGUUGUCAAAUCAUGUUACAGGGUGGAAAAUUAUAUGUCAGUAAAGUAUCAUAUCGCAUGAUGCCCCCAUUCUACUCCAGAAGGUGAUGCUCAAAAAGUGUUUUUGUUCUUUUUCAGUAACAGUGCCGAGAGUUUUAACAGAGCUAGGACUGUAUUUUGUAAAAUACCCUAAAUGUGCAAAAGUACAGCACAAAACAGUGACCUGCAAAGCGUAAUGUAUGUCCAGACAGCAGUUUCCCCUAGAAGGGACUGGGCCCUCAUCCACUCGUGAGGUUGCGCUGGAUCAGGGCCCAGUCCAUAAUACUGGCUACUGUCUGGGUGGCUCCCUCAGAAGUACUCAGGAUUGCUCACACACUUAAGGGUGGUCAAGAAAAAUCAGUUGGGCUUUAUUGAGAAAAUAAAAUGUUAGAUGCCUUUAACCUCCUUUUGGCAUUGUGUGCCACCAAGGUGUGAAACUAUAGUUAUAUUUGCUUGUUUUCCAUUUAUGUGGCCUGAUUUUCCAUUUUAUGAGAGGCCUUCUGAUUUUUGUUGUACUUCAGUUCAUUAGAUCUGGAGAGAACAUCCCUAACCUGAGGCAGGUUUCCAAACUGUCUGGCAGGUUUCAGUGGCCUUACUUGUUCAGAAAGCAUCAUGUCUGUUUACCAUGUUAAGUCAACCCUUGAAUUGCUCAAAUAACUCCUCUCUACAUUAAACCAUGAAUAGCCUGGGACUGGCCUUCUUUGUAGUAUUCUUAAUGAAUGACUACAUGUUGUCAGUCAAACAACUCUUCAACUCUGGAUUCAAGCUAUUGCAUCAGUGACAUUUGCCUGUGUGACGUUAAAUUCAACAUGGUACAGUUGUUGCCCAUUUUUGUAUAUUCUUUCAUUUACCAUUUAAUUUUUGCCUUUAUGCAUUGGUGCUUUCAAUACCAUUGGUACUCUUUUGUUUAUAUUGUGAGGGUGGUAACAUUGAACUGCGUUUUUUUGUGAAUUUACCAAUAAAAUAGCAAGGUUCGAUUGAGCCAUUGUUUGCUAGCAA